AUGCGUGGCCAAGGAUAUGAUGGUGCUAGUAAUAUGCAGGGUGAAUUUAAUGGUUUACAAGCUUUGUUUCAUCAAGAGUGUCCAUAUGCAUAUUAUGUGCAUUGCUUUGCUCAUCGGUUACAAUUGACUUUAAAUGCUGCAGCUAAAGGGGUGCAUGAUAUUUGGGAGUUCUUUUCAACUCUAAAUUUGAUUGUAAAUUUUGUUGAUUCUUCUGCAAAACGACAUUCAGUAUUAAGAGCUAUAAGAGAAGAAGAAAUUGCAGAUUUAGUAGCUGCAGGUGCACUUCAGACAGGUAGAGGGGCUAAUCAGACUUGCACUUUGCAACGGGCAGGGGCUACUCGUUGGGGUUCACAUCUUCGCUCUAUUUCAAGUUUGAUUAAAUUAUUUGGAGCUACCAAAACAACUCUUGCAGAUUUGGUUGGUAAUGGACCAAAUAAAGCAUUGCAAAAAAAAGCCAUAGACAUCUUGAAUGCUCUAAAUUUUCUUUCAAUAACAAAAUCAAAACUUCAAGAUAUAAGAGAAGAUGGUUGGGAUGAUUUGAUUAUGAAGGUUGAAUCAUUUUGUUGUGAGCAUGAUAUUAUUAUGCCGGAUAUGUCUGCUCCUUACAAGAAAGCUACAAGGGCUUGUGAACAAGGUAUUACAAAUGAGCAUUAUUAUCGGGUCAAUAUACUAAAUGCUGUGAUAGACUUUCAGUUGGCAGAGCUGGAUAGUAGAUUUACAGAUAAUUCAUUGGAGCUCCUUGUUCUUAGUGCUACAUUCGAUCCACGUGAUAAUUUUCGAUCAUUCAAAUCUGAAGAUGUUUGCAAUUUUGCUUUGAAGUUUUAUCCUCAAGAUUUUACAUCAUAUGAUAUGCUUGCUCUAGAUAUGGAGUGUGGGUUUUUUGUAACAGAUAUUCAUAGGGAUCCAAGAUUUGCCAAGACAACUUCUGUGUCUGAUUUAUGUAGGCGGUUAGUUGAAUCUAGAAAGUCAUCAUUCUUUCCUAUGAUUUAUAGGUUGAUUUGUCUUGUGUUGACUCUGCCAGUUUCUACAGCAACAACAGAGAGAGCAUUUUCAUCUAUGAAUAUCAUAAAAAGCAAACUUUGA